CCGCGCCUUCACACAAACACACACACACGCACACACACACACAAAAUGAGAGAGAGAGAGAGAGAGAGAGAGAGAGAGAGAGAGAGAGAGAGAGAGAGAGAGAGAGAGAGAGAGAGAUGUUUAUCAAUGCUGUUACUGACAAGGUUAUUUUGUCUUCUAUGCCGUCACAGUAUCCAACUUGUGUCGGUAGCACCUAUGGUCGUGCGGGGGAAGGAAUUUUGUUGGGUGCAUCUUUCUCGUUCUUAACGUGCAUGUUGUUGAGUGGCAGGAUUAAAGAAGGUCUUGGAAAGGAUGAUAGUGAAGAGGAUGAGGACGAUGAAGAAGAGGGGGAGGAUGAAGAAGAGGGGGAGGAUGAACUUUUGAAAGAUGAAGAAGACCAAUCAGAUGAUAACCAGUGUAUGCAAGCACAGGAGGGGGUGGAGGAGGAGGAGGCAGAGAAGGAGGACGACGACGGGGGGGAUGAGGAGGAUGAGGAAGAGGAAGCUGGGGAUAACGAGUCCAGUGCCUCAGAAGAUGUUGCUGAAGAUGAAGAUCGUCGUGUAGCAGGGCGCUCCGAACAGUCUGAAAGUGAUGAAAAUAGUGAUCAUGCACAGAAUGGAGCUCCACGAAAACGCGGGUCGCGCGCAAAGGUUGUCAAUACUUUUGACAUGCAUGUGCGCAAGGAGAUGACAGACAAGGAAGCUGCUGGAUGCUUGGAGCAGUCUUCUUUGAAAUUCAAGCUGUCCGUUUCUGCUGAAGGGAUCCCUGGUAGUGCCAAAUGGGUGACGAACCAAACGGACAUGCCUAAGACUGAGGAAGUCCUGGAGCGCUUAUCAGUAAAAAGCCAGUUACAGUCUCAUUGGAGAGAAAUGCACAAGGAAAAUGCGAAGCAUGGGGAUUUUGAGUCAGCUCAACAGUGCCAAUUGUUUUCUUUGUGCCAUAGCUACCGGGACAUUUUCCAUAGCCGGAAACCUUGCCCUCAGGGGAGAACUGGCUCAGCUGAUGAAGCAAGGAUGCUGACAGAUGUGUAUCUCCUCCACGCGUUGAAUCACAUCCAGAGGACGCGUGAUCGAGUCCUGAAGAACUCUGCAAAAUUGAAGCAGGCAUCUGAGAGUGCAGGCCCAGCGAACCGACAUGGACCGAGAAAAAAGCUGCAAGCUGACACCAGCAAGAUCCUCCCAGAAGAGACCAUGAGGGAUCAAGGAUUCACAAGACCAAAGGUCUUGUUUCUGCUUCCAUAUCGUAGCAGUGCACUUCGGCUUGUUGAGCGCCUUCUCCAGAUUGUGCCUCCAUCUCAAAAGGCCACCAUAGAGAAUAAAGCAAGGUUUUUCAAGGAGUUUGGAGCUGAAGAUGAUGACGAGGAGGAAGUGGUGGAUCAUGGAGCUUCAAAGAAGAACUUGAAACCUGCUGCGAAUGGGGGGCAGACAGAGGAGAAGGACGUGGAUCUGGACACGAAGCUCAUUCUGGGUGGUGCGAGGCCGUCCGAUCAUGCAUAUUUGUUUGGUGGCAAUAAUGACGAUAUUUUCAAGCUUGGAAUAAAGCUGACAAGGACUUCUGGGCCUGUGGCCGUGUGGCAUUCUGCGCUUAUGGAGGAGACCGAGAGCGAUAGAGAGAGAGACAUGGAUUUUCUGUCAUCGAUAGAGAUUGUUGUCGUGGACGAUGCUGACGUAAUAUACAUGCAGAAUUGGGGACAUGCAGGGACUGUGUUUGAGCAUUUAAACAAGAUACCUACCAAGCAGCAUGGAGCGGAUUUCAUGCGGGUUCGAGAAUGGUACUUGAAUGGUUGGGCUGCACAUUAUCGGCAAACAGUUAUCCUUUCAUCGUUCUGCAAUGCAGAGAUGAACGCCCUCUUUCACAGGACCUGCACCAACUGGGAAGGAAAGGUAAAACUCAAAUGUGAGUUUGACGGCGUUUUAUCGCGGGUGAUCCCUCAGAUUCAGCAGAUAUUCGAGCGGGUUGAUUGUCAAUCCAUUGCAGAUGCCGAGAACAUGCGGUUUGAGGCGUUCACGAAACAGGUUUUCCCAAGGAUCAAGGAAUCCCUGCAGGGAGGCAUUCUGGUGUUUAUGAGAUCGUACUUCGAUUUUGUCCGCCUACGGAAUUUUCUCAAAUCGCAAAGUGCAUCCUUCUGCUUACUUGGAGAGUACACAAAGCGAAGUGAUAUCUCUCGUUCUCGAUCAUGGUUUUACGACGGCAGCAGGCAAAUCAUGCUCUAUACUGAAAGAGCCCACUUCUACAACAGAUUCAAGAUACGUGGAAUUCGUGAACUGGUCUUUUAUUCACUCCCAGAGUUCAGCCAUUACUACGCUGAGAUUAUGAAUCUUCUUGAAGGGAAAGACAACCCAACCUGCACUGUUCUCUUCACCAAGUUCGAUACACUUCAGCUGGAGAGAGUGGUGGGGACCGCACGGAGUCGCCGUAUGCUGAGCUCUCAAAAUCGGACAUUUAUGUUUUGCUGAGAGGAUGCAAGUACAGUUCAUUUUGACGGUUCUAUGCGGCGCAACAUUUUACAUAGUUGAGCAAUUUGAAAUUUGAGCAGCGUUACGAAGUCAUGACAGA